AGGCAGCUCCCCACACGGCGCUUCAAGAAUAACUGGCUCUAACAGCUCGCCUUCUGAGCGUUGGAUUGAUCGACCUGGCUGGCGUGGGAGAUUCCCCGUAGUACUUCUGGUCUGCGGUGGGAGCAGCGUGACUUUUCAGAUCGGUUUCCAGAGAAUCACAGGAAUAAAUUCAGAAUUUGUUUCUGCAAGUAAUCUGCCUGCUUACAAUUUGCUGUUUCCACAAAAAUUUCUGGCAGUGAAUAUGUUUGCUUGGAUUCUUGCAAUUGUUUUCCUGGCUGGUGUUAGGACCCUGAAAAGAGGCAGCAGCGAUGUGAUAUAAAUAGAGUACCAGAAUGGGACAAAGUUUGGGAAGAAAGCAUGACAUCACUCAGCCUUGCUCUCCACCCAAAAGGAUCUGAGAUGGAGUUGCAAACGUGAGCUGGAAAAGCGAGGAGUUAACAAGUCACUUUGGUCCGGUUACUGAGGAAAUAGCGAAGAGUUAUACGCCCUGUGCACUACAAGGAAGUACACUUUCUUGCUAGCAAGACCAAAGCUGGCUUCAGAUCUCUGACAACGUGACAGUAAUUGAAAGGAAAAGACAACUGCAGAAAGUUGAAAGCAAUCUUUUUGUUUGGCAUAGAUCGUAACAGAAGCGAUUGACUUCUUUCCGUGGAAUGAUACAAUUUUUGGAUCUGAUGCACAUUUCUUAUGAUUUUGCUACGAUCGUGGUAAUUUAUUUAUGGAUAAAUGAAGAGAUCAGAGUGUGAAGCAAGCAGAUACUACUUACAGGAUCUGGAAGAAUAUUGUGCUGUCGAAGGAACGGACUUCUUGAACCUGCAUGGAAAAUGUCCCUUUUAAUACAAAAAGGAGCAAAGCAAAACUUAUGACUGAAACAUUACAGGAAUUUGAUCUCUGUUGUACUUUUAACCUUAAAAAGACCAUGAAGAUUUUAUUGUCUCUCCUCUGUCAUUAUUCUUUACUGGUUUUAUUGCAGUCCAAAUAUCAGGUGUAUGGAAACUAUUCCCAGCUCCCCAAACACCCAGGGUUCAAAGUUCUGGCAUCGGCUUCCCAUUACUGGCCAUUGGAAGAUGUGGAUGGAAUUCACGAGUUUCGGGAUACAAAUGGAGAUAUUGUAGAAGGAAUGGUGAACAAAGGAAUUUAUGUCACUGAAAAGAAAGGGGUUACCUUUCUGUUCUUUGGAAGCUACCAAAAUUCUUGCAUUAGUAACCCAGAAGUUUGUGGACCUGAAGGAGUAACGUUUUCCUUUUUCUGGAAGACUCAAGAUCAGCAGGAUAGGUUUCCUUCUGCCUCUGGUGGACAAGUAAUUUCCAGUGGUUUCAAAAUCUGUUCAAAUGAAGGUGAAGGCUCUGUAGAAUUUUACACCCGUGGAAAUGCAAUGAAGUGGAAAGCAAGCUUUAGUCCGCCAGGUCCUUACUGGACACACGUUCUCUUCACUUGGAAAUCAAGAGAAGGACUGAAAGUCUAUGUCAAUGGAACGCUAAACACAACUGAUCCAAACGGGAAAGUUUUCUAUGAUUAUGGAGACCCCAAUGCAAAUCUGCUGACUGGGACAGAAGGGGAUCAAACUAAGCGCUAUGUGAAUGGGGCAUUUGAUGAAUUUAUUAUAUGGGAAAGGGCGCUCACCCCCAAUGAAAUUGAGCAGUACUUUACGGCCGCUGUUGGUGUGCAAGUUGUGCUUUCGUCAACGCUUCCAUGGUCUACGGUGACAACUACUCCAAGGCCUGUGCUGUCUACAAAUGCCUAUCAUCCCAUCAUAACUAAUCUGACUGAGGAAAGAAGAAACUCUCACUCCCCAGAUACCAUGCUGAACUACCUAGAAAAUCUGUCAUUCAACUUGCCCAACCAAUCCUUGUCAGAAAAUACUGCUCUACGUCUGACUGAGGCUUUUUUAAAAACUGUUGAAGACUUUCUUUUACUGCCUGCCUGGGCUGAUAAAUCAAAGACUGCUCCCAUAUUUGGAAGUUUAAUUGAAACUAUUGACUGUGUGAUAGUGCACGUGACCCGCCACCUAGGAGAAAACUCGUUACCUGUAACCGUUGAGGGCACGUCACCUGUGGCAGAUUACUCCUUGGCCAAAAUGUAUCCUCAGACUCUGAAUUUGUCCCACUAUCGCUUUCCAUCUCAAGGGCAGAGUUAUAUUUCCAUCCCCAGUGAAGCUUUUCACAAAACAGCUUGGAUAACCAUUGUUGGCCUGCUUUACCAUAACAUGCACGGUUUCUUUCAUAAUAUCAAUCCUAUGGAUACCAAGAUUGCUGAAGCUGCUGCCUACAAAGCCUAUACAGUCUCAGCAACCAGUUACCUUAUCUCCCUGAAAGUGGAACCUCCACCUACGUUGUCCCACAAUCUUUCAGGAUCUCCACUUAUUACCAUCCAGCUUACCCAUAAAUUGACUCCUGAACAAUACAGCCAAGCAGUAAAUAAGAGCAACAAAGUUCAUCUUUACUGUGCAUUUCUGGACUACAGCAAUGGAACUGGUGUUUGGUCUAAUGAAGGCUGUGUGCGUGAGAGUGGGGACCUCAACUACUCCGUGUGUCUUUGUAACCACCUCACUAACUUCGCCAUUCUGAUGCAAGUAGUGCCUAUAAAGCUAACAGGAGAACACCAGGUGGCCCUCUCCACCAUCACUUACAUUGGCUGCUCUCUGUCCAUCUUCUGCUUGACGAUCACGCUGGUCACAUUUGCUAUAUUGUCGUCUGUCAGCACCAUCCGCAACCAACGCUAUCACAUCCAUGCCAAUCUAUCCUUUGCUGUGCUGGUGGCUCAGAUCCUGCUUCUCAUCAGUUUUCAGUUCAGCCCUGGAACAAUGCCUUGCAAAGUCUUGGCCAUUCUCCUUCAUUUUUUCUUCCUGAGUGCUUUUGCGUGGAUGCUAGUGGAAGGAUUUCAUCUCUACAGUAUGGUGAUCAAAGUAUUUGGGUCAGAAGAGAGCAAGCACUUAUACUACUAUGGAAUUGGAUGGGGCUGCCCGCUGGCGAUCUGCAUAAUUUCUGCAGCAUCAGCCACAGAUAGCUACGGAGAAAGUAAAAACUGCUGGCUUUCGCUAGAGAAUGGAGCAAUCUGGGCUUUUGUGGCACCAGCAUUAUUUGUAAUUCUGGUCAAUAUUGGUAUUCUUAUUGCUGUGACAAGAGUUAUCUCAAGAAUCAGUGCAGAUAACUAUAAGGUCCACGGAGACGCCAAUGCAUUCAAACUAACCGCCAAAGCAGUUGCUGUGUUGUUACCAAUCCUGGGAAGCUCGUGGAUCUUUGGCGUUCUAACUGUCAAUGACCACGCAUUAGUAUUUCAGUAUAUGUUUGCUAUAUUCAAUUCAUUACAAGGAUUUUUCAUCUUCCUGUUUCACUGUCUUCUGAAUUCAGAGGUUAGAGCUGCCUUUAAGCACAAAACCAAGGUCUGGUCCCUCACCAGUAGUUCAAUUCGUAAUGUGAACGUGAAGCCCUUCAAUUCAGACAUUAUGACUGGGAACAGGCCAGCCACAAGCCCCACGAAGCUGAACACCUGGGAUAAGAGCACCAAUUCAGCUAAUCGCAUUGAUUUAUCAGCAGUCUGACAGUGAUACCAGCUUCUCAGUGAAGAAAAAAAAAAAUCAAGCCAUUCAUUCAGGACUUCUGACACAGUGUCCACCAGUAUUUUCUCACUGUUAAUACCAGUAGAAAAAGUGCUCUUUUAAUCACUGCCUAAUAAAUUGGAAAUUGGCAUCUUGUUUUAUUGAGUAAAUAGUCCUCCUCUGCUUGCCUUCAAAACUGUAGCGCAAUCUACCACUUUGCUAUUAGCAAUAUCUGUAAAAACAACUAACAAAAAUAUACACUGGAUGAUUUUGUCAGCCAUGAUGAAAACACUAGGUAUUUAAAAGGACUUACUGCUAUCUGAAUCAUUCCCAGCUCCCAGAACCAAGGAAAGGCAACAUACCUUGGGAAAGAUGGACUUUUAUGCUCUGAAAUGAAAUGCUUCCCACUGUGAUGCUGUAAUGGAGCUACUCUGGUCAUGCUGUGCACUGUUUAAUACCUUACAGAAUCCAAUUACCCAAGUGAAAUUUAUUCUGAAUACACAGAGUCAACAGGUGAUUAAUUUAAAUACCCCAAGGAAGCCAGAACUUGAGGAAGAAGCAGGUUCCAGCUAUUCAGCUCCCAGUAUGGGUACGGAAAUAGCAAAGCUAAUAUACAUAUGUCUCUGCACAUAAACAGUACCUGUAACACACACUAGUCAUAUACAUGGCCUGUAUUUUAGAUAUUCCUCUUUACAUUCUAUCUAUAAGAGAGAGAAAUGGCUAGGGUUGUCCUCCAGCAGUCCGCAGCAUUUCUGUCACCGAGGUGCGUCUGCUGUCAUAUCACGGUGCAAAGCAUUUGUAUUGCUUUGCCUGAAGCUUUUGGAUGCAAUCAACAACUGUCCAUCAAGCGCAUUUCACAACGGCUCCCUGGCUUUUGGAAAUCAAAACCUGGCACUGUGACUUAUCUUUCUCCUUUUACCAGUCAGAUUGAGACACUGAAUUCCAAACGCAAAACCGUAAUGCAGCAAUAUACUGUGAAGACAGCCAGAUUACAAAUAAGUCUAUGUAUUAUCACCUACAGACAUCUUUUAAAUAGGUCUCUUCUGAGUCUUUUGUGGUUUUAAACUCUGCUCGGCACUUAAUAGCUUCUGCUUUAGCACUGCUGUGAAGUAGAAAAUAUUGUAAUUUUUCUUUUGACCAAUGUUUUCUAGGUUCUCAAAAGGGAUGUUUGGAGCACAAGGGGGUGAAAUCUCAGCCACACCAAUGCUGCACCUAUUCAGCUGGGGAGAGGAAAAAGUAGACUACAAGCCCCAGAGGUGGUCAGAGCCCCUACACGCAUACCUUGCUCUGAGAUGUACUCCACAGCAGGAGUCCCCAGGAACCAUUUCCCAAGAUGAAGCCACCUUAGGAGAAGGGCUUUGCAGCCUUGUCUCCUUAUUCCCAGGUGUUCCUUAUGUGCAGUCACAGUUUCUCUAAGGCACCUGGUGUUCUGGUUCGCAGGAAUUACCAAGGUAAUUAUAUUGGCUUUCAAGUAUACUAGGAAAGUGUACUUUCCUAGUACAAAAAUAUCACAACAAAGAAGGAGAUAAGCAAGUCUUCACUCCCUCCUACCCCCAACCUCUCCAAGAGUUAUUUUCUUAAUUUAAGGCUUGUAUCUUCAACAGCUUGGACCACCUCUGAUUCCCAGUCAAUCUAGCAAGACAUCUGCUAUUGAUUUCCAAGACAAAAGCUAUCUGCUCCCUAAUACACAUGGUAAAAAUUGCUCAUUGGAUAGUAAAUUUGAAAGAGGAAAAAAAAAAAGUUUGAGGUUUAGGGAACAGUAGGUAUUAGGAUUGAAUUUAGUGAAGUGUUUCAUUCAAAGGAAGUGGAGUUGAAAGUUCAGAAAACAUCAAUGUGUUUCAUUUCUGAUCGAUACAAAGCAAGUUCUCUGAUGUUUCUUUCACAAGGAAAAAAAAAACAAAAAGUAAUUGUUUCAGUUUGGACCAAGCUUUUCCAUCUCCCUCACCUGGCAAAGAUUUGUCAUAUGGAGAACAAACUGAAAAAUCCACAGGUCACUCAAGUCUAUUGGUGAAUAGAAAUUGAAACAUUUUACAAAAAUUAACUUAGUUUCCCCAGAUACAUGCUGAAUUUAUGCAGCUAAUAACAGGGCAGAAUGUGACACAUUGUGUGUCAUUCAUGCAAUAUAUAUGCUUCUAAACUUGUGUUUCCUACCUUGCUAAACAACUCUUAAGCUGUUGACGGCUAACCAUAAAAGGAGGGUCAGUAAAAGCUAAAUAUCUAAGUGUCUAUGUCUUUCUUUUGACUUUUAUGUAUGGCUUUUUUUCUAGCCCUUUGAACAUUGAACAUCUUACAGCUGUGCAAACAUAUCUGCUUUUCUUAGCCCAAGUUUUUUUUUUUUUUUUUUUUUUUUUUUUUUUUCCCAAAAGAUACAGGAGAAGGAGCCCUCAGACUGUAUGGAGGCAGACAUACAGAACAGUACUGUGAUAACAGAGUUCAAAGCAUCUGUAUUGUGUGCAGACAACAUAUUUAAGCAUAGUUUUUGAUACUGGAGCACAUUUUGUUUUAAAUCACUGUGACCAUGCAUGUAGCUUUAAACCCUCUUUGAUAACUUCUCUUAUAAUCAUUAUGUUGUAGCAUGAACAGUUCUGUGAAUGAACCAGAGGAAAUAAAAGCUGUUUUUAAUCUUA